AUGAAGGUUCGCAAGAAAAAUCUGUGUCAUACUUGCCGGAGACGCAAGCUUGGUUGCGACGGAAAGCGCCCGGCCUGCUCCCAGUGCCUGCGCAGUGAUCGCCACUGUGAAGGAUAUCCAGGUGUGCUCUUCGCGCCCAUUGUCUCCGGCCCAGGCUUGCCAACGUCAACGACUUCACGCCCGGUACGGCCAUUGAAACGAAUCCCGAAAGACCCAGUACGCGCCACAUCUAUUGAUGUUUUCCCUACUACAUCUACCACGAAUGCUGGUGAUGGAAGCAACGGUUCAUCGCCUUCUGACGAAACAAUCUCUGAUACUCUUGUACAACGACCGACUAAAUGGCCCUACGCACACACGAUUUACCCUGCACUUUCGGACCCCUUGCAGAGUAGAAUCGAACGGGCAGCGGCCGUUAUGUGUCUUGCUCUGGUAGAGGUUCUAUCACCGAGAAGUCCUGAUAACUGGCUGGUGCAUAUGCACGGCGUGAGCGAAUUGAUCCGCUUAUCACCACCCGAGCUGGUCAGCUCUGGCAUCCAGCAUAAGCUGUUUAUUGGCAUCAGGCCACUUAUGGUGAUAAAAGCUCUGAUUUUCCGCAAAGCGACAUUCUUGGCAGAGGAGCAAUGGACUACGGAGCCAUUUCAAUCUCAUGAGCCAUCACCCUUGCAGAACCUCUUCAGUCUGGCCGCCGCCAUCCCGGACAUACUUGAAAAGAUCGAUGCGUUGGACCAUGAAUCGACCAGCGCGGCAACCACAGAAGCCAAGAAGAGACUUGCUGAGCUGACGGAGAUGAGAGCGAGCCUCGAAGCGUGGCGCUUUUCAUUCCAGGCAGAACCGCAAAUGCCUCUAUGCUGGCCUCGGGCCGCCGGAGACAACAAUCGCCAGAGCAAUGGUAGUUUGUGGUUCCCGAACUUGAGCGUAGCCAACGCCCUUACUCAUCUGUGGUCCUUUCAAAUACUCUGCCUGUCACACAUCCGGGACAUGUUGAGGCGGUUUCCCGAGCUGGGAGAAGUCGACUCCAUGCUAGAGAAUCCUGACAGGCUGCGGAAAGCUUGCAUUGAGCUCAGCGUUAGUAUUUUCCAGAGCAUGGAAUACUUAAUGCAAGAUGAAUUCAUGCUAUACGGACCUUUUACGGCGGGGUUUCCCGUGUACACGGCACGUCGAGCGCUCGAAAUGCACGAGCAGGGGAGGGCCGUUCUUCAGAAGCUCGACAAAUCUGUUACGGAUCGCAUUAGUAUACAUGUUAUUCUCGUUCUCCAGCAAGAAUCCUAUCGCCGGAGAACCGGAGUAUUAGUCUAG